ACCCGUGAGCUUGCUGAGAGCAGCGGCGGCAGCAGCAUCCGGAGGAGGAAGAGCAAUCAACGCCCGAGCUUUCAGCCUCACUGCCCGCCUGCCUCCUACCCUCCCUCCCUCGCUCCAUCCAUUCGUCCAGCCACGCAACCGACUCGUUUCCUGCUUGCCAGGCCGCGCAGGUGCCUUCCAGAGCGCACCCCCCGGACCGAACAGAACCCGAGAGGACGGAUGGCCUUUUAACGUGCGGUUGAAGCCAAAGCAGGAGAGACAUGCCGCCGUCUUCCUUCUCCUCCUUUUGCCUCCUCGUCGUCCUCCUCCUGCGCACGUAUUCCUCCCCCGCCUUGGCUGACAGGCUUGUCGGUUGUCUAUUUGAGCAAGAACUGUGUACACCAUUUGAGCUAUGUGUCAACGACGGGAUGUUCGGGAGGUGUUACUCCAUCCCGGUGAGCGACGUUUACUCCUAUGACGUCACCCUGCCCGUCGUACAACAUUUUCGACUGCUACUGGACAAAAUGGCCGAUACGGGUUUGACGUGGCAGGACGACACCACCCAGCAUGUUCUGGCCAAAGAACUCUCCAAAGUCAGGAAGAUUCCUCAUCGACUACCAUUGAGUGGCACUGCCGGCAACACGGACGGCAGGCCGGCGAUGGACCCCGUAGAUCGGAGGCUGAAGCCGGUGAAGGCAGAGCUUAGCAGAAACCUGCAGAUGUACCUCCAGCGUCUCGGAAUUCUCCCGAAGGCGGGCGGCGCUGAAAGCCUGAGGAAGAGCGGUCAAGUCCAGUCAGACCUGUACAGCUCCAAGUCUGACCCGACGAAUACCAAGGCGUCUUCAUCCUUCAGAGUGAAGGAGAACCCAUCAGCGGAUCGGCUCCAAGUUGUCCUUAACAUCCUACGGGUGCUUCUCGCCGCCCAUCCUGAUGCCUCAGCACGCCUCAGACCGAUCUACAGCCAGGGAAUGGAAGCUUCUGACCCCAGGAACUUCAAAUCCAGACCCAAAACUCCAGGGGGUCCUGCCAAGGAGCCCCUUACAUUAGUGGAUGAGAAGUUCAUCCAGAACGUUUUGAAGAACAUCGGCAGGCAACACCUGGACGUGGACAAUCUGACACCGCAUGACAUGGACCAGCUGUCCAACCUCAUCGUGGAUGCUUUGCAAGUGGUGGACAAAGACCGUAUCGCAGACCGGGAUCAGGUUCAACCCGGGCCGAGAGACUUGGGAGAUGAGCUGAGUGACGGCAAGGAAGAAGAAAAGAAGGGAAAUGGCCGAGACGAGGAGAAUGUGGCGGAAGCUUCAACUGUGAAGAAGUCCUCUUCUGAACCACCUCAAGAAGUCCAAUCACCGACAAAUGACGACAAAGUGAAGGAGGAGGCUGGUGGUGAAAAUGUGUUCAGCAAACUUCUGGCAUACUUGGACCAAAGAGCCUCUAUCCCUUCCACAUCUUCUCCUCCUCACCGUCAGUCGGGUCUGGAGAACGUUCGUAGCCGCACCAGUGAGGUGGGCUUGUCGGUCCAAAAGAAGGACACCACACAGUCAGUGGAGGAGGUGUCCGAGGUGGCGGGCUGGGUGAAGGAGGUGGCCCCGCCACCGGCCGCCGUCAAAUACCAGGAAACGCGUCAGAGGAUGUCAGACGAACUCCAGCUGGAUGUCAAGGCCGCAGGGAAGGAGGCAGAUGAUGUCUUUGGAUAUGUCAUCACGGACACUGACGGUCUUCAGACGGACCAAGGUCUGCACAUGAUGGAGAUUCUGGCUCGCAUGGCCAGAAUCCAAAUCACCGACUUUGCCGAGUUGUCGGUGGUGGGCCCUGCAGUGACAUUCAAAGUGAGCCCCAACCGGCAAAAUGUCAGCACAGCAUACGUGGCACGAGUGGCCGUGGAACAGAAAGCGUCGCUGGAGAAGGAAGCCAAGCUCCGCAUCCUGGAGGCGGGAGUCGCAGAUGGCAGCGAGAUCUCUGCGAUCCCCGGCAAGUACAGCCAGGCCGAGUCCACCAAGUUCCUGGUCCUGACGGUGGCGUCCAUCUUGUGCAUCGCGGGCGUGCUGCUGGCGUCGAGCGUGCUUUAUUGCCUGCGACACAGGUCGCACCACAAACUCAAGGAGAAACUCAGCAACUUGGGAACGGACGCCGGACAAGAUGCCACCGCCACCUACCAGGAGCUCUGCCGUCAACGCAUGGCGGUCAAGCCGCCGGCGGAUCGUGCGGAACCGACGUCGUCCAGGAUCAAUAGCGUGUCUUCGCAGUACAGCGACGGCGGCGGCGGGGGCGCUUCAGCCGUCAGCCCGUCGGCCCGAAGCAGCCUCUCGUCCUGGAGCGAGGAGCCCGCACAACCCAACAUGGACAUCUCCACCGGCCACAUGAUCCUGUCGUACAUGGAGGACCACCUGAAGAACAAGAACCGCUUGGGGAAGGAAUGGGAGGCGCUUUGUGCCUACCAAGCCGAGCCCAACGCCUGCACGGUGGGCCUGAAGGAUGGCAACGCGAAGAAGAACCGAUCGCUCGCCGUGGUGGCCUAUGAUCAUUGCCGCAUCACCUUGCGACUGGAGAACAGCCAAGGAAACUCGGACUACAUCAACGCCAGCCCCAUUAUGGACCAUGACCCUCGCAACCCGGCCUACAUCGCCACGCAAGGCCCGUUGCCAUCCACCGUGGCCGACUUCUGGCAGAUGGUUUGGGAGAACGGCUGCGUGGUGAUCGUCAUGCUGACGCCGCUGGUGGAAAACGGCGUGAAACAGUGCUACCAUUACUGGCCUGAUGAGGGCUCCAAUCUCUACCACAUCUACGAGGUCAACCUGGUGUCGGAGCACAUCUGGUGCGAUGACUUCCUGGUACGUAGCUUCUACCUGAAGAACAUGCAGACCAACGAGACCCGUACAGUCACGCAGUUCCACUUCCUGACCUGGCUCAACCAGAACGUACCCGAGACCAGUCGCACCCUCCUGGACUUUCGCAGGAAGGUGAACAAGUGUUACCGUGGACGCGCUUGCCCAAUCAUUGUGCACUGCAGUGACGGCGCCGGCCGAAGCGGGACGUACAUCCUGAUCGACAUGGUCCUCAACCGGAUGGCAAAAGGCGCCAAGGAGAUGGACAUGGCGGCCACGCUGGAGCACCUGCGAGACCAACGACCCGACAUGGUGCAGACCAAGGAUCAGUUUGCGUUUGCGUUGACAACAGUGGCUGAAGAAGUCAACGCCAUCCUCAAAGUGCUUCCUCAGUAGGAAGGAGCGAUCCGGUGACUCAGCCAGCCAGUCAGCGAGCCAUCAUGCUCCUGUUGUUCUUGGCGGCUUUGCCGUCUGACGUGCGUUCUUCCUCUUCCCCCUCGUCAUGAUUCCAAUGAAAAGGUUUUUUUUUUUCUUUCUUUUUUUCCAUUUUUAACUCUGUCACUGCCAUCGACGGCAAAGAUCCAUUUUUACCGGGCUGGCAGUGAAUGAGUUAAAUACCCUGAAAACAAAAUGUCUUUCUGUAGCUUGAACUUUUCCAGCCAAGAUUUUCCUCUCCUCAUUUCUUGCGUGAUGUUCAUUUUGUUUCUCUUUGUGACCUCCCCCGAGGCACAACUUGAGUUUUGAAAUGAAUAGAACGCACGGGGAGUUUACAUACAUGUUUUUACAGCGGCAUCUCGACUUGCGACUUUUUUUGCUUUGGGUUCGGAACCAAAAUUUGAACAUUCCAAUGGUCCAAAACACAAAUGCAAAAUGAAAACGCUCGCAAGGAGCUGGCAUAGGCCACAGCUCAAACCUAGAUCCUUACUCGCUAGGCCACGCCCCUUAAAGGCACACGUCACAACUAUCAUUUAUUUACAUUUUUUAAAAAAUGUGUUUUGUACAAUAUGCCCAUGCAUAUAACAAACAUAGCAAAGCGCAGCUGUAACAUAACAAUACAACAGAACAUAUAACAUAAAACAUCGACAAUCCUAACAGCUAUUCCUGCCUACUACGCCUUGAAGCGGUUAUAGAUGAAAGCAGAGAAUCAAGUCUCCUUUCACUAGCGCUCCCCGAGACAUGACGUUACGCACUUCCGCUACAAGCUAAACGUGGAAGUAAACGAGAGCUGCAGCGUCCAUUGACCCACACAGAGAUCGAUUCAGUUCUGUCCCAACAUAACCAAAAAUUUGACACUGAAUGAACAACCACGUGAUCACUCUUCAGAAUUUUUAACACUCUCACACUUUUGUUGUACCAUUGUAUUUAUUUAUUUGUUUGUUUUAUGUGUCAGAUUUUUCCCAUAGUUUCAAAAAAACAUUUCUGUCAGUUUUUUAAAAUCUUUUUUUUGUAUCUCUUGAACUCAUUUUCGAGUUUUUGCGGGGAUCUCACCCCACUUUUCACGCAAAAUCAAUUCAUUAUUCACCUGUAGUAGUAAGUAGUGCUGCUCGAUUUUGUUUGAUGAAUAUUUGUUGAAUGCAGACUUAGUACCACAGGCCUCUUUCAAAGGUUUUCGAGAAACAGCCGCGAACCAUUUUGCCAAAAAUCACGAGAAAAUGAACAAGGCUAAUUAAUGCAAGGGAAAGAAGCCCAGCCAGCAACAUGGCGUCCGUAGAUCAUGUGACGUCCUUUCAACCAAUGACAGAGCAGUUUGCUGAGUUCAAAGUAAACCCCGAUUUUUUUUUGUGGUUUGUUUUGGGGUGGCCAUCAAAGGCAGGACCUCGCCCGGUGAGUGACGUGGGAGCCGACGAAUGAGAGUUGGCUGUUGUGAGCUGGUGUUCAGUGAUGUUUACCAAAUUCGGCCAUAAAGCAAAAAAAGUCUGCGAGAUAAAACGAGAUGAAGCCGUUGUAUCAUCGGUGUGCAUCAAGGUAGCGCAGUACGAUGUUUUCAUGUAUAAUAACAAAUGGAGAUGAUGAUCUAUGUAGCAUUUAGGGUCGACGCCGCGCCAAUCAUCCCCAAUGUGUUUCUAUUUAUUUCACUUCAUUUUUAGGUAUUGUGGUUUCGAUGGGCUGUCUUCACUUCCAGACACACGACGUUUUUUUUAACCACGAUAGUUGUGCAAAAAUUAAUGUGGUAGCUGUGCAAGCGUCAAAUCAAUACCAGUUGUCAGCAUGAGACGUUUGUUUUUUUUAGGUUGUGUGAAGUGAAGAUAAAAAUUAUGGCCCGACCGAUUUAGCCUCAUUUCAUUAAUCGGCAGAUAGAAUCCCAAAAACUUUUUCUGUUCUGCCUGUAAUCAAUAACCUUAUUGUUGUACACAUUAAGGCAAGCAAAAAAUAAGCGACUUGAUUGAACUUUUUUUAAAAAAUUGAGUCAGUUAUAGGAAUUCUCUUACGGUAAACGUGGGAAUCCAUUUUGGUCGGGCCCGAAUUUGAUAUGCCCGUCCAGGCUUCGUCAUGGCUUCAUUUACGACCUGAGAAAAUCCAGUUUGUGGUAUUCCUUGCCAUUGCUUGCUGUGUUAGCCACGUGAUUGCCAUCUUGCCGAGUGCUUUCUUUCAGCUUGCCUUCUUUCUCAACACGCAAACAGAGAGAGAGCGUGUGUGUGUAUCGGCUACAACCGGGACUCAAGGUUCAAUCCUUCAAUCAUUCUUUCGGUGGUUAUUUGAUUGUUGGCCGUGUGCUACGACGAGUACAAUUGUGCGUGGACGCGCACACAGACGGCAUCAGCACAUUGUACAGAAAAGCAACGGGAGCUAUAAAUUCGAUUGGUGUCAAUAAAGUUGUAUUGUAAAUGUC